CGUGGCUGCGACCUUGCGAGAGGGAGAGAAGAGAAAACUCUAGAGAGAAACCAGAGCAGCACAGAAAAGGUGAAAAUGGUUGUUUGAAAAUUCGUCGUUGUUGACAUCACACGCACCUUGGUACCGUUGAUCGCCAUCUCGAUUGUGAUAUGUUACCACACAGUUGUAACUUCAAGCCGUCGUAUUUGUAUCUCAGUAGCUGCGUAUAAUCAUACAUUUACCGAAAUUGGUAAUGGUAUUCAUCUUCAUCUUCAUCCGACGUUUAUUUGCGCAAAUCGAAGCCGGCCGACUCACACUGCCACAUGAAGAACUUCAAAUAAACAUCCUUUAGCAACGAUGAACACUGAGACUUCGGAGCGAAAAGAACUUUUCGAAUCGAAAAAGAAAAAUACGCAUCCAAGAUGUCGCGCCACGGCUCGUCCAUGCAGCAGGUGUUGGAAGACCUGGUGAAUCAGGUCCCGUAUCCUGUGCAAAAGUAUCGUACUCGUACAAAUACUAAUGCAAGUCUUGCAUUACAAAUCUUGUUUCCAAGGAAAAUCUGGAUCUGCAUUACAAAUUUUAUUUCUCAUGCUGAGGAAAUUUGUAAUGCAUUUAUACGAGUGCGAUACUUUUGCACAGGAUAUCCCGACCUGCGUCCCGACCGUGAAAACCGGGACUGCAGCCAAGUCCUCCUUCCUGCAGCAGCCCGCCGCGGAGGACUACACCGGGGUCGGAAAAGGACCGAAACUGGGUGGCGGGGUGAAGAAGAAAACCGGUUUUGCGGAUGG